AUGUCUUCGGCUAAGUUAAUCAAGCCUUUGUUAUGUCUACUAUGUGUUUUGUUGCUACGCAUUGAAGCUUCAGUGCAUAACUACGCUGCAGAGAGAUUCUUGAGUAAGGGCAAUGCUUUCGUAAUCCACGGAGGAAGUGAGGAAAUUACUCCUCUGUCCCCAAUCAAAACCGAACUUCCAUCUCUUCAAAUGGCGAUGCUUUCAUACG